CCCCCUUCUAUCAUUUUGACCUCGGUAGUCUCUGAUAAUCACCGACUACUACAGAAUCUAAUACCCCCUUUUAAAUUAGGGAUGGCCGCUCUCAAUGCCAUUAGAUUAUUACCCCAAGCCCUAGAGCCACGAGAUAUAAUCGCCUUCAUAUCACCCUCCAGCCGACUAAACCACGUCUUCCCCUCGCGGGUUUCUCGCGCGCAGACAUUCCUAGAAAGCCUAGGGUACCGCAUCAAGAUAUUCUUCUCCGACCCAAUGCCCUUGACCUUCCACGAGACAGUUCUCCACCGCUGCAACGAGAUCCAUUCCGCAUUCCGCGACCCAGAGGUCAAAGCCAUAAUCUGCACCAUCGGUGGCCCCUCUGCCAAUGAGCUCCUCCCGCAUCUGGACUAUGACCUUAUUAAAAAGAACCCAAAGAUUUUCUGCGGAUAUUCGGACAUCACGCUGCUCCACCAUGCUAUCUUUACCCAGACGGGGCUGCAGACGUUCUAUGGCCCUGCUGCCAUCACGCAGUUUGGGGAAUUUCCUAAGCCGCUCGAUUUUACACUAAACCACUUUUUUAAGGUGCUUCAGAGUGUAGGAGAGCCAGUUGGUGUUCUGCCCCGCUCGAUUGAGUGGACGGAGGAGUUUCGUGACUGGGGUAAUGGAGACGAUGAGCUGCGGCCCAGACAUAUGACCCCAUCCACGGGUUGGGAGUGGCUCCGACCAGGCCAAGCUACAGGCCGCCUCUUCGGCGGAUGUCUUCCCUCUAUUCUGCAGCUUGCGGGGACAAAGUAUUUCCCCUCUUACCAAGGUCGGAUCCUCAUCCUCGAGAACCCUGAAGGAGAGACCCCCAACGGCCCCCUGCCGUACGAGCAGACUCGCUCACUAAUGGCCGACCUCGUCAACUUGGGGAUUUUCAAGCAAAUCAGUGGAUUGGUCGUUGGUAGACCUUUCAAGUACGACGAGGAACAGAAGAAGGGGUUCAAGCAGAUGAUCUUGGACCAGUGUCACGGCACAGACUUUCCUAUCCUGUUUAAUGUUGAUAUCGGUCACACAGAUCCUAUCCUCACGAUUCCUUUGAAUGCAUUGGCGAGCUUAGAUUCCACGAGGAACAAGUUUGCUGUUUUAGAAGCCGCUGUAGUGGAGAGUCCACCAUGAGCUGUAAACAUACAAGAAGUAAUAUAUUAAUGCUAAUGAUGCUGGUGGAUUUUCCAACACAAAAAUGCUCGCACAAGCUAAGAGCUUUAGCUAAAGCAGCUUGGAAUGUGAUGCGAAUAAGACCGGGAGGUUAACGCAUCCUCAUGGCCACGGGCUCGCGAUGAUUAAGACGACAUCCCGGGAUCCGCAAUGAGAGAGGUCGUCCGAGAAGUCUUCCAACGGGUCGUUCAACAAGUUGUUCAACUCGUUCAACUUGUUCAACAGCAAUACCAGUCUUCGCGGUAUCAUCGCUAAAGAACGACAUUUCCGACUCCAACGCAGCUGCCAACUGCGCAACCGCCUCAGCCUCCGACUCCACCUCCACAACCCGGAGCAUAUGCUUUGUCGUAAACAACUUCCAACCGUUCACUCCCCAUCCGGGGAGCUUCACCCGCUGAUACACACAGGUGACGAUAUCGUGAGAGACGAAUGGGCUAGCGGUACGCUGGACUGGGGCGGUGCGUGUGGGGGACACUGAUUUGCGGAUGCCGCCGGAGUUCCGUUUGGAUUUAUUGGAUGCCUUGAGAGAUGGCAUGGUGACGACGAUGUGUCAGCUUUCUUGGACGAGGGAUGGUCGGGAUGAGAACUCUCGGGCGAGAAUUUCUUUGGUCUAUUGUAGUUUCCUGUCUUGCCAUUAGACGUUACUUUGGAAACUGGUUUGGAUGGGAAUAUGAGAACACCAACCUUAUAUAAUAUUGGUUGAAGACUAGAGUUUGAAAAACAGAAGCCGAACAGCAGCUGUAGUGAUCUUAGAGCUUCGUAUAUAGAUUGGCGAAGAAUAAUAUUGGCAG